AUAUUGAAAGUGGAAAGAAGCUGUUUGUUAUUAUAACUAAAUACUUCGUUGGUCUGUGUAAAUUGUGUAAUAGUAAAGUAUAAAUUCGCACAGAAUUUUAAGCAUGCUUUAAUAAAACAACAAUUUAAUCAUGUUGACAUUAUACUAUUUAAUGAAAAAAUCUAAAAGUAAGUCGAAAUUAAAUGCUUUCAAUUAUUAUAAAAAUGUACAACGAAAUAAGAAUAAACUCUUAAAAUCAAAAGAAGGCAUCAUCACAAAAUGCCGCGUGUGCUUGCAAGAAGGUUGUAUGCCGAUUUUCGGGAGCGAAGAUACGGAAUCAAUUGUUGAGGCACUAGCUGCUGUCGCCAAUAUAACAGUGACUGAAAAUGAAGGGCAUCCAACGUAUUUGUGUGAUAUAUGCCACGAGUUCAUUAAAGGAGCCAUAUUAUUUCGAAAAGUUGCCAGAGAAUCUGAGGAAAUUCUAAAACAACCAGUCAAGGAAGAAUCUUUGGAUGAACAAACAUAUGACCAAGAUAAUCAAGAAUUCAGCGACAGCAGCUUACCCUAUGAUACGAAACAGCCCGAAAAGUGGGACAAUGAAGAGGUUAAUCAAGUGAAACCUGAAAAAAUUAAAACAAAAAUAAAAUAUGCACCCAAAGUGACUUGCAGUGUUUGCAACAAGGUCAUAAACCGCUCCUAUUACAAGGAACACAUGACUAUGCAUGACCCAGAUCAUAAAAAGUAUGUGUGUGAUGUUUGUGGUAAGUCAUUCAGACUGCGGUGCGCUUACCACAACCAUAGCUUAAGGCAUGGAAACGAGUUCCCAUACAAAUGUCAAUUUUGUCCAUAUCGAGGAAGAUAUUCAGAGCUACUUAAAACUCAUAUGAGAACUCACACAGGGGACUAUCGGUACAUGUGUACAGAAUGUCCAGCUAGGUUCCUAUUCAAAAGUAACUUGAAUAGUCAUGCAUUGAAGCACAAAGAGCCACAACUUCAAUGUGAAGCUUGCAAGAGAGCUUUUCACACAAAAUUGUUGCUGCAAAGGCAUUAUGAAGCUGACCACUUGGGCAUUAAGAAUCAUGUUUGCAAUAUUUGUGGGAAAGCAUUUGGGUACAGAAAUGCUAUGAUGAAACAUCAGAGGCAUGUGCAUAAGAGGGAAAAACUACUGUUUGGCAGAAUGCCUGCUUAUUUAGAGGCCCAAAAUAGAAGUGAAGAGGGUGAUUAAUUUUUGUAUUAUGUUGUUCUCAGUUAUUGUACCUUAAUUUUUAUUGUGUAA